AUGAGUCUACGCUCCUCAGCGGCACAACUGUCAAGGAUCCAAAAACCCGGUCAAAACAAAAAAUCACUCAUCAACCCAUUGUAUAAGAAAGUAAACAAAAAUGGUUCGCAUGGCACAAAGCCUGGAGCAAAUGAGGACAAGGUUUCAAAAAAAGAUCCUUUAGAGGUGUCUGAACACAAUAUUCAGAUGGACUUCCGACUACAAGAUGUAUCUUCCAUUGUGAAAGCCAUUAAUCUAGUUAUACGCAACCAGUGGGCUGAAAGCACUCUCUGUCAUGACAGAUAUUUUAGUCACGAGGUGAAGAUAAAUUCAAAAACCCCUUCAGAUCUACUAUUUCUGCUCAGAGGAAUAUCCAUGGAAGGAAAAGCAGACAUCAAUAAAUACAGGCACCUGCAACUUCCAACGGGGGGUAUGCUCACAGUUAAUCAACUUUACACUCUUUUUGAGUCAAAGGGUAAUACGUACGUCGAUCGCAGUCUUGAACUAUUUGUCAGAAAUAGCCAAGUGAGGAAAUUCAUAAUAACAAAUGCACUACCUGUUAUCCUGCGAACAGGAAAAGGGGGUUUAAAUAAUCAGGUCACAUAUGGGUAUGAAAAUGCGGAGGUUGUUGUCAAUACAGAGCAGUAUCUAAAUGAGAUUUCAGACACAAUCCUACAGGCUGACACUGAGGUUGCUUCAAUCAUGGCGAAAUUCAGAGAGCACAUACUAAAUAAUCCAACGGCACUUUUUGUGACGAACCAAGAUUUCUCAGCAGAUGAGCUAUCCAGCCUAGUUACCACAGGGUUCUUGACGCUAACCUCUAAUCAUCAUUUUGAAAUUGACGUCCAUCAAUAUUCCAUUGCGUAUCCCAGGUGUGGUACGUUUUUGAAGAUGAUUAAUUCGGGCAGAACCUGGUUGGUCAAAACCCUUUAUAAAACGACUUACAAAGAGAGUCUUGAAGAGAACUUGUUUAAUAAAUGGGAAGGAAAAAUAAUGGCAAACUUCAGGAAACCUUUUUACGGCUAUGAUCUUCUCUGGAUUCUUGCCGACGCGAAGGGCGCUGGUUUUAUUGAAGCGUUCAACACGCCAGUAGGCAGAGGCUGGCGCUUAACAGGAAAACUCUAA